UCAUAAAUUUCCCUUUACUAGAACUGACCGGGUCGCCCAUAGGAGUGUUCCCUGAAUCAGCCCAAUUCUUCUUCUUCUGAGCCGCGGACGCCGGACGCGGAUGAAGCGUUGCGGGAUGUUUCCUACCUGCAAAAAUUUGGGAGAAAAGUAUUGCUAUGAGAUUAAGUGCCUUUAAACCCCUAUUUACACACUAAUUCUCAUCUUUUCUCCAGUUUUUAUCUCAAAGAAAUGGGGUUAUGGAUAGAUAGCGGGUGAAGAGGUGUUUCCCGGGAUGUUUCCUCCCAGGGAGCCCCCGGCCGCGCUCCAAGUAUCACUAUCAGAGUCACUGCGGUCAGCCUUAUAAAAUGGCGGGUGAGAUACUUGCUACUAUCUUUCCCCACUUUUAUCUCAAAGAAAUGGAUAUUGAAAGCCAGCUAACACCAGAGACUGCGGUACAGAAACCUGAAAAGAAAAUCCCCAAAACGGUUUCCUGUAGCUCCUGCGAUUCCUCAGAGAACCGUAAAACGGCCUCGAAGGAUAAGCUAGAGGAUCUCAGUAAAAUAAUCUUUCAGAUAGGUGUUAUGGCAACCGUUACUGUCGUCGUUGCCCUGGGAAACCAGGAAUUGGAAGCUGUAGAUCAGUUUUUCGUGUUGGGAAACAUGUUGGGAUGUGUCUGCAUCUUUAGCGGCCUUCUGCUCCGAGAAAUCACACCAAGAUUUGCCAGGGCAUAUCUGGUGGUCGGAGUUGGCCUAGUAUUUGCUGCCAUUAUCGUGCUCUUCUCAAAGCACUUGCUAUGGUGGCUAAGAUUCGUGCCAGCGGUCUGCUACCCCUUUGUGAUCAUGGCGGUGCUGGCUGUGGCUGCCAAAGGUGAAGAAGGAGACUCAUUGGAAGAGUUAUUCUAUUGCAUAAUAUGAAAUGGGACAAGUCAUGAAGUCAAUAUAGUCACCGGUAUCAACCACUACAGAAGAGCUAAUUGCAACAUCAAUAUCUGGGAUCUAAAGGUAAAAAUCCUCUCAUUUUUGACAUUAAACUCUAUCAACUGCAAGCUGUAGAUCAAGCUAAAAAUUUCCCCUUUUCAUCAAUUGAAAUCUUGAAUAUGUUGAUUCGCAAUUUGGAUGGUUUCUUGGGAUCUAUUCUAUUGCAAUGCACAUAUCUCUGUUAACCUUUUUUUUGUUUUUCCUUCUAAUAAUUAUUUAAAAAUUAUACCUUUUGUCCUCGAUUGAAAUUCUCAAUAUUGAGAUUUGCAAACUUUUGGUUGAAAAUUUAUUUAUUUGUUUUUGCAUUUUAAUAUGAGAAAUCAGAGGUACAAGUGAUUUGCAGUUUCUAUGGAAUAUUUUAUGCAUUCAAUGCCCCUGUGGUGUAUGUUGCUAUUCAGGCCACCCUUUCCCUGUAUGACACUGGUUGUACAUCUGGUAAGCAUUAUCGUUACAUUUUUUGACUUUAACUUUAUGUAUAUAUGGAUUCUUUACAUACUGAAAUGAGGAUUUAGACUGUAAUGAUAAGUUGGUUAUCAGACAUCCAUUUUCAAAUUUUCUUGAGAAAAUGGGUUAAAUGGUGGAUAGAGAUGUACUUACUUUUCAGGUGGUAGUGUGGUACUAAUCAAACAUACUAUGAAAUCAAAAUUGAAUCAUGUGGCUGCCACUAAUAUGAUCUUUUGAUGGGCCAUUAUGAUUCAUUGGUCCUUUCAA